AUGAUCGAAAAUAUGUACGCUACAGAUACUUUUGCAGACGAAGACAUGAGAGGUGAAAGUGAACAAGAAAUACAUGUUAUUCAAACUGAUUCAGAAGAAAUAGCUGUAAGGAAGAAAGGUGGCGUUAGUAAUAAAGAGGAAGGGGAGAAUGAGGAAUACAUGGGAAAAAAAAAGCGUUAUAUUGCAACAAACUGCAAGUCUACCACUUCCAUUAUUUUUACUGAUAAUCAGCUACAAAUGAUUGUUGAGAAUACAAACAAAUAUGAGCAAACAAAAGGAUUUAGUGAUGGAGUCUUUUUACAUUAA